AUUAUGGCACCUUUCCCUGCUAUAAAAUCUUCCUCUCUCUCUCUCCAUCUCUCCCCCUCUCUCACUCCUCACCCCAUCCAUAAAACCUCUCUUGCAAAUCCCAACACUUAUUCUUACUAGUUUUUGUGGCACCAAACCCAUCAAAAUCCUCCCAACAUGAGAAACCAUAGCCAGAAAAUAUGCCCCCAUUUCUGACAUGGUGGAUAUUCAUUUAUGUCCUAGUGGAGGGUAACCCUUAACUUGUGAGUGAUUCUAGUAUAAUACUUCAUUCAAAUCCUUUUUGGCCUAGAGAAGCUUUGCUUUGUUCAUUGGGAGGUUGGGAAAAUGGAGAUAGAAUCGGCGAAGUGUGAGUGUUGUGGGCUGAAAGAGGACUGCACCCAAGACUACAUCAGUGAGGUGAAAGAGAAGUUCGAAGGCAAAUGGCUGUGCGGGUUGUGCUCGGAGGCAGUCAGGGACGAAGUCAAAAGAGGGAAAUCGGAGAUGGAAGAAGCCGUGAAGGCGCACAUGUCGUUCUGCCGCAAGUACAAAACGAACCCGGCUACUCGAGUCGCGGAUGGCAUGAGGCAGAUGCUGAGGAGGAGGUCCAGCGACAUGUCGUCCUCGUCCUCGUCUUCGUCGAAGAAGUACUCAAGAUCAGCCAGCACGUCGUCACAAGUAGGAGACGAGCCAUCGUUCUCUUAUUACUAGCUAGAGAUACUUAACCAAUUUUAUAAGUACUGUUUAACGGGAGUCGAGUCUGCUUCUCAUGGUCGGGGAAUCUGAGAGGGAUAGAUUGUGUAAAGAGCUGACAUUUGGCAAUAUAUGCACAAAUUGGUUAGCUAAAAUUGGAAAAAAGGAACAAAAAAAAAGUGUUGAAGAGUUUCUCUCUCCCUCUCUCACUCUUUUUAGAAUAAGAUUUUAACAGCUUUUCAUGGCUUGAAAUCUCUUGUACAGAGGAAUAAUAUUGUUUCAAUGGAGACUUCUUCUUAGUUUCUUUUU